AUGCUCAUGGUUCCCACAAAUCUGGGCCAAUGGAGCGAAGCGGCUUGCAGUACGAAGGCUCAUUUUAUCUGCGAGGCAAGGCCUACACGUGUAAAAGCGAACCUAGACAGUCACCCUCACGAUAUCCUCUUUAUUCAGGGGCGUUGUGCUUCAGGAUUUUAUGAAUAUCAAAGUGCUUGCUACACUCUUAUGCAUCACCCGGAGUCAUCAAGUCGUAUUGCUGAACUCAAACCUGAUCGAAUAUCGACAGCCUGUUCUGAAACUGUCUUGACGAGAAAUUGCACCGAUGAAAACCUUGGAACUGUCCUCUGUCCGAUUCCCAUGUCACCCAGAGAUCAUAAGCAUGCUUCCUACCAACGCUCUCUCAUCGACAAAUUCGGAGGAAGUGCUGAAUCGGCUUGGGUUGGCCUCAAGGGAAAUAGGUUCCAUGUUUAUACUGAUGCUCCAGGACUUUUGGAGUCAGCAGCCUUUGUAGAUCACAGCACCCUCAAAAACGAAACCUCUUGUUUCACUCUCAACAAGAAUAAAAUGCUUCUAACUUCGGAGUCCUGUAGCGCACAACUUCCGGCUAUUUGUGGCUACUUCCUUGACACACAUAUAUUCUCUCCAUGGUCACCCCCUGACGUCAAAUUGAAUACUCCCAUUUGUAAAGAUGGCUGGGUGCAUUAUGGUUCCUUCUGUUAUCGUCUCGAAUACGCUACAAGUCUUAGCUGGUCCGAUGCUGAACUUGCCUGUGUUCAAAACUAUGGGCACCUGGUCUCAAUUGAUUCUGAAGCUGAAGAUAGUUUUAUCCGAUCUCUCAUUCCUUCAAACCUCACUGGCAAACCGUGGAUUGGUUUGACGGUUAUUCACAAUAAUGACACCUCCACGAUGCAUUGGUCUGAUGGAGCGGUGGCCACUUUUUCCAAGUACUUUGCAGAUAAGUUUUAUCCGGUGGAUAGAGAGUGCGCCAGGUUGGAUGUUGUGUAUGGAGAGAACGUGUGGACCGUGGAUCAUUGUUCAACACCCGCGCCCUACAUCUGCAAAGCCAUGGCUACAGCUACUGCUAUGGACUGGAAUAUUAAGGGUACAACUCACUGUCUACCAGGAAGCCAUCCAGAGUACUGUUUCAGUUUGAACAAAACAGUCAUGAGCUUUAAAGAUACCUCUGCUGCCUGUAGAGGUAAUGGACAAAGCAUGGCCACUAUUUUGGACGAUACUCAACAAAAUUUCAUCACUCAAGCCAUGCGAAGUUUGUUGGCUCCUGACUUGGCUAAAAACAUUCCUACAAGGUAUUGGAUUGGGCUUGUUCGAUCUUCUGAAUCUCUGCGUUGGGUUUCUGGCUAUCCCGCAGUUCCCAACGUCUACUGGAAGACUGGGGUUGAAAAAUCCACUGGUACUUGCGCCUACUUAGAUGUCGGCAUCAACAGUAUGCUCAAUUGGGGCUUAGGGACUUGUAAUGAGGAGUAUCCUGUAAUCUGUUCAACAGUACCGAAGUUACCACAACCUUCAGCUACAAUUCCACAAGACUCCAACCGCGUCGACAAACAGUACUGUCCUUUAGGCUUCCUUCAUGUUCGUGGCAAGUGCUACAAGGUUGAGGGUGAUGAGCGCAAUAAGUACACGUUCUUCCAAGCGAUGCACAAGUGUUCCAACCUUUCUGGUCAUCUGGCUACUGUAUCUUCUAUGCAAGAACAAGAUAUCAUCACAGUGUUAAUUGGUCAGGGGCAUGUGCCAUUUUGGAUUGGUUUAAUAACUUCUCCAACUGGUCACUAUACCACCUGGACUAAUAAUGAACCAAUUACAUAUACCUAUUGGAAGAAGGGUUUUCCUUUUUCGACCUCCGGUGGAAGCUCACUUUGCACUUAUGUAGAGAUUAAAUCAUCCGAAAUUGGCAAAUGGGCUGGGAUUGGUUGUGACACAAAAAUGGGCUUCAUAUGUGAAACUGAAUCAAGUGAUGCACCCUCUGCGCAAGUCACAACUCCGCAUCUUUUCAGCCAAGAGGACUGCUUGCCAGGUUUCUUCCACCACCGUGGUGCCUGUUAUAAGGUUCUUGAGACGCAGUCAACUCGUAGUUCCACUAAGCUCUAUGAUAACUUAAGUGCAAUUUGUGCUGCUUCUGUUAAUUCUUCCUUAUCAUGUGAAACAACUCGGGGACUUGCUGGUUGUCCAGUUGUCAUGACACCCCACUCACAUUCAGAGGCCGCUUUCAUACGUCUUCUAAUUUCUGGGACACAAAAGACUCCAUCUGGAGUUGAAGCUUGGACUGGAAUGAAGAUUUUAAGUAAAAAUGGACAGAAAAUCAUACAAACGGAAGACGGUGUGGAUUUAAAGGAUAUGGAUCUGGAUUUCUCGCAUAUUGAAAGUGCAGCUGAGGGAAUGGGCGAAUCGUCCUUUUUCUCUUGUGUGUCUUUCCACACAAAUGGCUCCCACUUGACUAUUCAGCCUUGUUCUAAACCGGCGUAUGCUGUCUGUGGUUACUAUUUAAAUACCCAUUCCUUGCAUAGACAAGUUGUCGACUCCAACAAUUACAAAUGUCCCCCGGAUACACAACUUGUUGGCCGAAAUUGUAUCCUGCAUACAUCCAAACGGUACUCUUGGUUUGCCGCUGAACGCUUCUGUAACCAAUUGAGUGAUGUUGCAAAUCUAAAGGCUUCCAUUUCUGGCCACCUUCUCUCAAUUCAUAACAAUGAUAUGCUCAAGUACAUUACAACUUUGAAGGAACCCGUUUGGAUUGGUCUUACCUCAAAGCCCGAGUUUGGCUACGGAGGAAAAUUAGAAUGGACAGAUGGAAGCCCGGUUGAUUAUGUAGCUUUCGGACCCUCGGAGAAUAUGGGCACCUUUAUUAAAUCGCAUCUUUGUGCCGCUGUCGAUCCACAGACCGGUUUUAUUAAGGGUGAACCUUGUGACGCCAACCUCCUCUUUGCCUGUCAGUAUCCGCUCGAAUCGUUCCCUAAACAACAAUUGCCUAUUUUGGCUGGUGAAUAUCUUCCCGCUGUUGAGAAUUGUCCCGUCAGAUUCUCUCUAGAGACCAACAGGGCAUGCUAUGCCAUUGUGGACUCACCUCUCUCUCAGAAAGAUGCACAACUCUCCUGUCGAACUAUUGAUCCAAAUGCCAAUCUUGCCGCAUUUCAUUCCAGUCAGGAAGAGAAAAAUUUUUUGAAUUUGAUGUCGUCUAAGUACAGGAAGGAUGCCUAUUGGAUGGGUUUGAUGCAGUCGGAUCUCGAGUACAAAUGGGUUGACUCUAGUAUUGUCGACUAUAUGCCCAAAUUUGGUGUCAGUGUUGAACUCUCCCAUAUAUGGCACAUUCAGGAUUGCUUUACAUUUAAUGUGACCUCCAGUGCCAACAAUCCUACGUCUCCACUGAACGUCACCUGGCACGGAUCUGACUGUUCCACGAAGAGGCCCUAUAUUUGUCAGCUCUAUCGAGGUGAACAUGGACCCAACUCCAUGAGACCAGCCCCCCUUGCCCCAGCUGAUUCACCAAUAAUAAAUUGUCCUGAAGAUUUCAUCUCUGGUCUGUUUGCUGCUCAAGCGCCGAAUCAGCCCAGUACAGCAUGGAUCGGUUUACGUCAAGGAAGAGAUAGGCAAUUUUGGAAUGAUGACUCUGAAGUCACUUAUGCACGCAGAGAUCUCGAAUUUCCUGCUCCGGUUGCGCAUAACUUGGAACUAGGGGAGGAAGAUGACCGCUUAUGUACUGUUAUGCUCUACUCUUCGAAUGUGCAUUUCAACGGUCUCUGGUCUCGAUCCAUCUGCUCAGUCAAUGAUCAAAAUUACUUCAUAUGUCAAGCAACUCCAGUUCAAGCGUAUAGUGUCAGCAACACUGAAGCAACCAACGAGAAAAUGGCGUCUAAUGGAAGUGGACUAGCGGAGAGACCCCACUGUCCACUUGGCUCAACUCUUGGUUUCUACAACCACUCAGCUAAGGCCUUAGGUGAAAAGCUGCGUCUUCCAAACUGUCUUCAGCUUGUUAGCUUAAAGCCUUUGGAUUGGAAGGAUGCUCACGAACUCUGCUCGAAGCAGUCCGCCACUUUGCCUUCAGUUGAUACCCUGGCGGAUUUGAGUUUCCUGCGUGCCUGGAUGGUGAUGCCCGAAUCCAUUGGGGGUGCGGGACUACCUUCCAACUCUUCAAUUUGGCUUGACCUUAAAGUUGACAAAUGUCCUCAGUGCUAUUCGGAUUGGACCUGGCACACUGGAAAUGCACUACACGAAUCUCCUGUUAAAAUAAUUGAUUGGUUCAACGCUCCUUCGGAUCCUUCGGGUUGUUAUGUCUUCACAGCAACGCCAAAUUUCGAUUCAUUAUCAUCUCCUGACAAUCCAGCAGCCCAUCUACGGUCAAUACGACCCGCGAUUUCAUGCACUGCUCUCAAACUACCAGUAGUAUGCCAAGUGCCAGCUAAAUUCCAAAAAAUUACUCAAACGUCUUUCUCGAAUGUCUCGGUGAUGAAACGCGAUGAAGGUCGGUGUUUAAAGAAUCCCACUCCGGAUCUCUCAAACCUGAAAGAAUUCAUUACCAACACUAGUGUGACUAAAUCUGGUCGGAAGUGUAUCAGGUGGGAUCUGGUUCGAUAUAAUUUCACCGGUUCUGAUGCAGUUCUUCCACCAAAUUGGAGAAUAUUCUCGACUGAAAUCGCCUACGAUAUUCACGAGAGUCCUUUCUGGUCAGAUAAGUGUGCGCACGUGAUAAUGCAAGAUGCGGGAAGUCCCGGAAAGACUAAAUAUCGUUACGCAUGUUAUACUUCAACUGAUCCUGUUCACGGCCUCGAAGACUGCGAAAUGGAAAGUUGUGGAAUUGCACUCAUGUCUCUUGGUUGGGUUAUCUUCCUCACUUUGGCUUGCUUGACUCUCUCCGUUCUCAUCACAGUGUGUAUUGUUCGUGUGAAGAACCGCAAUCGCUUCUAUAUACAUCAGAACAAUAUCCGUUGGCUUUCGCCCCUCAAGGUGACUUCAAAUAGCUCUGUAUUUGGUAGUUCAGGGGCUACGGAACAGCCCCAUCAACGACAGCACAGUGUCCUCUACAACGGCGGUGGAAAUGAUGAUCCCUCAGUGAAAGUGUUUGGUGAAGUACCUUCUUUGGUAGCGACUAACCCAUCUCUCCUUCACUCCCUUGUUCCAUCAUUGACUUUCAAACCGAGCGCUUACCGACCUCUUCAUGAUAGAGACCCACUACUCCUUGACGAAGAGGAAAAUGCUGAUGAAUUCUCGGGUCCUGUUUAG